UCCCUCUCCCUGCUGUGUGCUCAAUGGGGGGAGACGACCCCCCAGACAGCCUGGGAAGGAUUUCCCCCCACCACCUUUUUGCCUGGCAAUUAUGUUAGUGGAUAUUUUGCAACCCCUCCCCGCCCACCCCCCCAAAAAAAACAAAAACAAAAAAAUUCAGAAAUUAAACAGAUUUUUUUCUUUCUGUUAAAAAAAAAAAAUCCCACUUCGUUCGAGACUCUCUUGAGUUCCCCAUUUUAAAAUACAUUUUUGACCGAUUAGCUGACAAAAGGAAAGGGGGGGGGUAGAUCCCCCAGGAUGUAUUCGCAAGGACGGCAUUCUACUUCGCUUCAGUCUGGGCAACCCUUCAAGUUCUCAGUUUUAGAAAUCUGUGACCGUAUUAAAGAAGAAUUCCAUUUCCUCCAGGCUCAAUAUCACAGCCUGAAGUUGGAAUGUGAAAAGCUGGCCAGCGAGAAGACAGAGAUGCAACGGCAUUAUGUGAUGUAUUAUGAAAUGUCGUACGGCUUGAAUAUCGAAAUGCAUAAGCAGGCUGAGAUUGUAAAGCGGCUAAGCGCCAUCUGUGCCCAAAUCGUCCCUUUCCUGACACAAGAGCAUCAACAGCAGGUGUUGCAGGCCGUGGAUCGGGCCAAGCAGGUGACAAUGGGGGAGCUAAACAGCAUUAUUGGGCAGCAGCAGCUCCAGCACCUCUCCCAUCAUGCCCCUCCGAUCCCUCUGACCCCUCACCCUUCAGGCUCCCAGGCCUCCGGCUUGGCUAGCAUGAGCACCACCUCUGGCCUGCUGGCCCUUUCGAGCGUCCUGGCGGCUCAGACGCAGCUGGCUUCGAAGGAUGACAGAGGGGCCCCAGACCCCGAGAACAACCGAGAACCCCCCUCAAGCCGGAGCAAUUCUGCGUCUCCUCCGGAGAGCCCCCAAGAGGAAGAACAGCUGGACAGCGCAGGGGGGAAGCGCAAGCCAGAGGCCAAAGAAGAAGCAGGGCAUUACGAGAGCGAUGGGGAGAGAAGUGAUUACAACCUGGUCGUUGACGAGGACCCUCCUUCGGAGCACGACAUCCCUGCGUGUGUGUCUGCUGCCAAGCUCUUGCCCGGCCGGAGGGACAUCCCCGACAGCCCAGCCUCGCUGGCCUCCAGUCGAAGUGGCACCCCUCUCAAAGCCAAGGACCCCAAUUUAAGCGAUAACCCCACCAGCCUUUCCACCUGCAAGUCGGCCGGACUGUCGACAUCCCAGGAGUCCUUAGGCCUGGGGCCCGGUCCCAGCUGCCCUGCCCAGGUCCAACAGAUCACCUCCAAGCCCUUGGCUACAGACGCCAUCACCCUUCGCAGUCCUCUGAGCAUGGCCGGUUCCUACACCUCCUCGUUUGGGAUUGUGCCCCACACUGCCCUCAGCAGUGAACUGGCUGCCUCCAGCUCCUACGUCAACAUCCACCUCUCCCCUCAGAUCAGCGGGACGGUGUUGUACGGGCGCUCCCCCAUGGUGGCCUUUGAGUCCCACCCGCACUUGCGCAGACCGACCGUCUCCGCCUCCCUGCCAGCUGUUCCUGGGAGCAAGCCGGCUUACUCUUUCCACGUGAGUGCUGAUGGUCAAAUGCAGCCGGUCCCCUUCCCGCCCGACGCCCUCAUCGGCUCCGGCAUCCCACGGCACGCCCGCCAGCUCCACACGCUGACCCACGGCGAGGUGGUCUGUGCCGUGACCAUCAGCAACUCCACCCAGCACGUCUACACGGGAGGGAAGGGCUGCGUCAAGGUGUGGGACGUGGGGCAGCCCGGAACCAAGACGCCUGUUGCGCAGUUAGACUGCUUGAAUAGGGACAAUUACAUCCGCUCUUGCAAGCUGCUCCCCGACAGCCGGAGCCUCAUUGUGGGCGGGGAGGCCAGCACCCUCUCCAUCUGGGACCUGGCGUCUCCCACCCCCCGGAUCAAGGCCGAGCUGACCUCCUCCGCCCCGGCCUGCUACGCCCUGGCCAUCAGCCCCGACGCCAAGGUCUGCUUCUCGUGCUGCAGCGACGGGAACAUCGUGGUGUGGGACCUGCAGAAUCAAACCAUGGUCAGGCAAUUCCAAGGUCACACAGACGGCGCCAGCUGCAUCGAUAUCUCCAACUAUGGCACCAAGCUGUGGACAGGGGGGCUGGAUAACACUGUGCGGUGCUGGGACCUCCGCGAAGGCCGGCAACUUCAGCAGCACGACUUCAGCUCCCAGAUCUUCUCCCUGGGCUACUGCCCAACAGGUGAAUGGCUGGCUGUUGGGAUGGAGAGCAGCAACGUGGAAAUCCUGCAUGUGACAAAAUCGGAAAAGUACCAGCUCCACCUUCACGAGAGCUGCGUCCUGUCCCUCAAGUUUCACCUUCCAGGGAAAUGGUUUGUCAGCACGGGUAAAGACAACCUCCUGAAUGCUUGGCGGACGCCCUAUGGUGCAAGCAUAUUCCAGUCCAAAGAAUCCUCGUCAGUUCUGAGCUGCGACAUCUCCGCCAACGACAAGUUGAUCGUGACGGGUUCCGGUGACAAGAAGGCAACGGUUUAUGAACUGGUGUACUGAGGCGGGAAAGGCCUUACCCCUCCGUUCCUCCUUCCUUUAUUGGCCGCACUUUGUUUGGGAUGUGGACUACAAGCCCCACCGGGAACCUGCGUCCCACCACAAAGCGAGUAACUCCCACCUUUCUCCCCAAAAUUCGAUCCAGCAAUUCUGGCAGCCAUCUCCCCGUUCCCCACGUCUCCUCACAGCCAUGUGGACAAGCGUCUUGCCUUCUCCCCUCCGAUUCUCAGGAAACUGGAUUCCACUUCCAGAAGUCGUUCUCUGUUCUCACACAAUCCCCAGCGGAUGUAUUGCUUCUCUCUAACCAAGAAGGGGGGGCACUUCUGUGACUUAACUUGCACCCCUGGCCUGCUGGAGAAUAAGGUUUCUCACCCCCUUAGGCCGAGCGAAGAAGGAAGCACCCGGUGGCCUGGAAUUGGUACCCCUUUUGGUGAUUUCAGGGGAUUGUUUUCCUUUCUUGAGGAGGGGGUGGGGAGA